UUUGUUUUCCUCGCUCAACACACACCGAGAGAGAGGGAGAGAGAGAGAGAGAGAGACUUGACGCUGGGAGUUAUUGCGAUCCAAGUAUCGAGAAUCGCGCAUUUAGAUGAGGUGGGUUUGUUUUUCACUGCAAAUGCAACGUUACGAGCGUCACAAGCUGUAAAGACGAAAAAGAAGAAAAAAGCGAGGAGGAAAAAGCUCUGCGAAACAGAGGAACUCAAGGUGCAGAGCAAAAGUAGAAGCGGACUUAUUUGUAUUCACCCUGUUGCCUGUUCACACUGAAAGCGGACUGUAGCUUUUUAUAAGGCGCGCGCGCUUAAAGUUCUUCAUCGGUGGCGAUCUUUUAGUGACUUGUCUUUUGGUUUGGUUUGGUCCAGUGCACGACUGGGGGAUGGUGGUAGUAGUAGUAGAGGAGAGGGAGGGUCUUGGUGCUAUUUGAUCGGCGAGCUUUUGAAGAUCACAAAGCUUUAUCCCGAGCACAAGGACGAGCUGGACGAGUCCCACGGGCUCGCGGGGUUGUUUUGCGUGCUUCGGAUCAAACAAACACAUGGGGAUCUUCAGGGUUUAUGGACCGAGCCGCACACGUGCGGUUUGAUAUGCAUUUGGAUUUAAUCGCGUGAAUACUUUGGACUAUAACGCGGAGAGUGUCGUAGUCUACAUGCCCGUUUGGAAAACAUUCAGGUAACAUCUAGAUCAGUGCAGUACAGAAGGUGUGUGCCCUCUGUGCCAGCGAUGGGGCGGCGUGAACUGACCCUUGACCUCCUGCUGCUGCUGCUGGUGUCACACAUGGAGGCUGUGAGCUUUCCAGAAGACAACAUCCCUCUGGACGUGGUGGACAGACACUAUGCACGACAGUACCCGGUGUUCCGCGGACGCCCCUCUGCCAACGAAUCUCAGCACAGACUGGACUUUCAGCUGAUGACCCGGAUACACGAUACGCUCUUCAUCGCCGGCAGGGAUCAGGUUUAUCUAGUGAGUCUGAGAGAAUCCUACAGGAACGAGAUCAUCCCGUACAGGAAGCUGACGUGGCGCUCCGGACAGGCCGACAGAGAGACGUGCGCCAUGAAAGGCAAACACAGAGACGAGUGCCAUAAUUUCAUUAAAGUCCUGGUUCCGAGAAAUGAUGAUCUGGUGUUCAUAUGUGGGACAAAUGGUUUCAACCCCAUGUGCCGUUACUACAGGUUGGACAACCUGGAGUUUGAUGGUGAGGAGAUCAGCGGCUUGGCCCGAUGCCCGUUUGAUGCCAAGCAGACGAACGUUGCGCUGUUUGCCGAUGGCAAGCUGUACUCGGCUACGGUUGCUGACUUCCUGGCGAGCGACGCUGUCAUUUAUCGUAGUAUGGGAGACGGUUCUGCUCUGCGCACCAUUAAAUACGACUCCAAGUGGUUAAAAGAGCCGCAUUUCCUGCACGCUGUGCAUUAUGGGGAUUACGUCUACUUCUUCUUCAGAGAAAUCGCAGCUGAACACAACAACUUGGGAAAAGCGGUUUACUCCAGAGUGGCUCGGAUCUGUAAAAAUGACAUGGGAGGGUCUCAACGGGUGCUGGAGAAACACUGGACGUCUUUUGUCAAGGCCCGUCUGAACUGUUCCGUUCCCGGAGAGUCGUUUUUCUACUUCGACGUUCUCCAGGCCAUCACGGACAUCAUCGACAUUAACGGAGUGUCGUCCGUGGUUGGAGUUUUCACCACCCAGUUGAACAGUAUCCCAGGCUCGGCUGUGUGCGCCUUCUCCAUGGACGACAUCGAAAGUGUCUUCCGUGGCCGAUUCAAGGAGCAAAAGACGGCCGACUCAGUAUGGACUCCUUAUCCUGAGGAGAAGCUGCCGAAGCCCAGACCCGGGUGCUGCGCGGGACACGCUUCAGCUGAGUCUUACAAAACCUCCAUCGAGUUUCCAGACGAGACCCUUCAGUUCAUCAAGUCACACCCACUCAUGGACGCCUCGGUCCCCUCCAUCAGAGACGAACCGUGGUUCACCAAAACAAGAGUCAGGUACAGACUCACGGCGCUCGCCGUCGACAACACUGCAGGACCCCAUAAGAACUACACCGUGGUGUUUAUUGGCUCGGAGGCCGGCAUCGUGCUAAAAGUUCUGGCCAAGACGUCCCUGCUGUCUCUAAAUGACAGCGUUCUGCUGGAGGAGAUUGACGUCUUCAACCAAGCCAAGUGUUUAUCCAGCAAUGAGGACGACCGGAGAAUUCUGUCUUUCCACCUGGAUAAAGACUCGCACACGCUGUACGUGGCCUUUUCCAGCUGUGUGGUCAGGAUUCCUCUGAGCCGCUGCGAGCGCCACACGUCCUGUCAGAAGUCCUGCAUUGCUUCAAGAGACCCAUACUGCGGAUGGACGUCUCAUGGAGCCUGUGAGCGCAUUUCUGCAGCUACACAAAGUGGUUAUGAGCAAGAUGUUGAAUUCGGCAACACCGCACACCUCGGUGACUGUCACGAAUUUUUGGCCACUACAUCAGCGCCAGAUUUCAAAUCAUAUGGCGACCCAACCUCUGACAUGGAGUUGGCGACCUCGUCGGUCAGUGUGCCCGCGACCUCUGAACCCAUACAAUCACCCCAAACCAUCCCCACUCAGACCACCCAACUCCUUGGCUCACGGAAAUUUGUGCUCCACGAUGACCCAGCCACUUCACAUUCUGUUGAGCCUUUCCCAGGUGUGCUGGAGGGUGUGUGGGAAAUACAGGCAGGCGAAUCUAACCAGUUGGUCCACAUGAACAUCCUCAUCACCUGUGUGUUCGGUGCCUUUCUGUUGGGUGCAUUCAUCGCCGGUAUGGUCGUUUACUGCUAUAGGGAUGCCUUCCUGCGUGCUCCACGUAAGAUGCCGAAAGAUACCGAGUCAGCCCAGUCCUGCGCUGAUUCCACUGGCAGCUUUGCCAAGCUCAACGGUCUGUUCGACAGUCCCGUCAAAGAGUACCAACCCAAUAUAGAUUCUCCCAAACUCUACACCAACCUGCUGAGCAAUGGGAGGGAAGCGCCAACCACUGGAGACACCAAGACAAUGCUCCUGAGUGGACAGCCGCCGGAACUGGCAGCACUGCCUACGCCUGAGUCCACACCCGUGUUGCAACAGAAGAGCCUUCCGCCAAUAACGAACCAGUGGGAGAGAGCACACGGAAAGCUGAGCGGCUGCCGCAAAGAUGUGCCACCCAAAAGCCCACAAUACUACCCCUCCAGUCCACCCCCCCACUGCGCCAUUCCCAGCGCCGUGGUGCUUCCCAAUGCAACCCAUGAGAGCAGGGCCUCUUUCAGUACCCCCGAAGGCCAUCAAGCUGAGAAAAAAGUCCAGAAUAGCGAUCAGCACGGGUCCAAAUCGGGACGCAAAGACCAGCGGCGGACCGUUGACGCCAGGAACACGCUAAACGACCUCUUGAAGCACCUGAACGAGGGCAACCCCAAUCUCAUGGUGGAGAUGCCCAAGUCCCGCCAGCACCUGAUGUUGGAACCCAUUGUGAGCCCGACAGAAAUUCCCCCCAAAGUCCCAAGCCGAGAGGCCUCGUUGUACUCUCCCUCUUCUUCAUUACCCAGAAAUAGCCCGACCAAGAGACUGGACGUGCCGACCACGCCGACUUCGCCCACAGGUCAGAUGGGAACUCUUGAGAGACAGCGGUAUUACCGCAACUCUUCCCAGCGACACUCUAUAUCCUCACCACCCAAAGGACUGCACUCACCAAGUGGGACAAUUGUGUCCCGACAGCCCAGCCUGAAUAGAGGCGGGUACAUGCCCCCAACCCCUACCCCUCCUACCAGACUAGACUCUCACGGGGUGCCAAUGGCUAUGGCACCCUCCGUGUCCCGGCAAAACAGCUACAGUGGUCACGGAUCUUUACCUCGAACCUCCAUUAAACGGACAGUGUCGUUAAAGCCCGACGUUCCCCCCAAACCCAAUGGCUUUGCGCCGCAGACUGCACAAAUGAGGCCUGUGAACAAAUAUAGCUACUGAGAUGCUCGGUGGGAUUUUACUCCAUGAACGGACAGUGGAAGUAAAAGCGUUUGGCCUGCAGAGCUAUGACGUGCCUGUCUUGGGUUUCCCUCAAAGGUAAAAGAAUGGCUGGUCAGACCUUCUGCUUCAAGUAUUUCGCUUAGUUCCCAAUGACACUGUGCCCAUACGGACAGGUGACGUAUUCUGAUCUUUAAGGCGGCAGGGACGCCUGAGGUCAUAGGCGAUCGGGCACCCCGUGCACUGUUCUCCCAGUCAAUGUGAAGUGUGAAAACACAGGAAACAUGGCUGCAUCUGUCAAACUGCUUGCGAAACAGGACGUUUCUUCAGAAGACAGAUGGAAUGAAAGGGAUGUAUCGUGUGUUGUGUGUUUGAGUUUGACUAGUCUCUGGGGCUAACCAGUAUGCAUUAAUUGUCCAUGUUGGUUCAGUAAAUGGAGAGCAAGCUUGAGUGUAUUAACAUCUGAUGUUAAUUUAUCAUUUCUGCGUGCAAAAGAAAUGUCCAGGGCUACUACACCUGGGCAACUGAUUUCAAAACUCACAAGGGGCAAAGUGCCCUUCACAUUUGUGCUGCUAAGUGUAGACGAGAUGUUUGACAGACUCCAGAUCCAUGCAGCCGUUUGGCAGGUCAAGCGGUGUCAAGCUUUUAAACCCGUGGGCUCAGCACAGGAUCACGUCGGUCAAAUGUACGAUGUUCCCUUUGGUCACUGUUAGACGCAGAAAAACGCACCAAAUCCUCUAGUGUCAUGAAGUCGUCGUUCAGCUCUGACAUGAGACAGAUUAUUGAUCGACCUCUCUGCUUUCUUAAUAUGACAGUCACGCCUGUUGCACCCAUGAAGUUCUGUCUAAUUAAUGAAAGACAACAACCAGUUAUUAUUGAGGCUAAAACUAAAAAAAAAACACACAUUCUUUAUUCUCAACACCACAGGCUCGUUUCUAUUGAAUUUAGCAUUUGUCCAGGUGUUGAGCUUGUUUUCAUGAAUUAAAACCUCAGUUUCGUCCAAAACAAAAACAGUAACCAUAUAAUCGCUGCAGUACCUACCAGUGUGUCCUGCAGAGUCGUGCCAGCGAGCGUUCUUGAACAAACUCACACUUAAAUAGUUGUGUUUUUACAGGGCAAUUUUACCGAGAUCAGUGUAUUUGUGUGCCUUAUUAAAGUCAUGAGCAGCUGGCUUGGUUUUGGACGUUUAAUCACAAAUGAUCUUUGAGCGAAGAAUGCAACCAAAUAUUUAAUAUCAGGGGGACCAAAGGUUAAAAAGAUUCUGUCAUUUCAAAAGCCACUCAUCUGUAUGUUUGGGUGGAGGGAGCACUUCACAACUGUACAAUGGUGUUAUUUCAAUGAACUGGGCUUCUUUAGAGAGGGAAAUAAAUAGAAACAAAGGUUCUAAUAAUGUAUUGCCACUUAUGCGUAUCUGGAAGGUGCUAAUUUGUGAUAAUGAGAUGCCAUGUAAUGAAUGUAUUAUGCUCCUAAAAUUUACAGCGGCUGAUUUUCAGCGUACAUUAUUCCUCCACAUUUCACAGCAGUCGAAUCGAGAAGAUCAUCUACGAUUAGAGACUCGCAGUUUGUUUUUCAUUACUUGAGGAUUUCGGUAUAUUGAGAUGAAGGUUGCCCCUGUUUGUUUACAUGGUCUGUAUUGAAGCGGUUGAGCGGACUGAUGCUGAUGCUUCAUCACCUUCUAAACAUCAGAUUUAUUAAAGAAGUUGAUCCUGUGCUCUGGUUCAAGUUGUCCUGUGUUGAGCUGCCUUGUAAAUUGCAAUAUGAACCUGCCAUGUGAGUUCAAGCCUUCGCGUUCAGUUGAUACUCUGUGUGUAAAGAAAGCAGGCCGGUCUACCAUUGAGUUUCGAUACUGUGCAAACAUUGGCAAUUGGACAACAGCUUUUUCUUUUUUUUACAGAAUAUUUUAAUGUGUAGAUAUUGUAAAGCUGUACUGUGAAAGUGUAAAUAAUUACAGUCAUUGUUUAAGAAUAUUUUUGUUGACUUUUUUUAACACGGCAUGUAUAGUUGAAAUAAAAUAUUACUGCACAGAA